CACCCUCACGAUUCAAACCGUGAUUGUGUGUUCUUCAAGUCAUUUAAAUCCGUUUGCUUCAUUGUUGUCGUCAUGAAAGUGUAAAAGUCUUACACCCUGGCCUUAUUUCUUCAACAUUCUUUCGAUUUCGGAUAUCAUAGUGCAGGUUUUUUAUUAUCCGAUUAAAGGACCAAUCCCAUGGCGGCAUUGGAAUUAUUUUUUGUCCUUGUUAUGUUCUGUCAGCUCUACUUGUGUCAAAUCACGCCAGAAAUCCUACCAGUGUUUUUAGCUCCAUUGGAGAACCACACAGUAACCCAAGGCAGAGACGUCUCUUUCACUUGUGUUGUCAAUCAUUUACAUAAUUUCAGGGUGGCCUGGAUUAAAUCUGAUUCAAGAGCAAUUCUUGCCAUUCAUACCCAUAUGGUCACUCAUAAUCCUCGUCUCUCUGUGACACAUAAUGGACAUGAUACAUGGAAGCUUCACAUUUCGAAUGUUCAAAAGAAUGAUUCAGGAACUUAUAUGUGUCAAGUCAACACUGAUCCAAUGCGAAGUCAAAUGGGAUACAUGGUAGUGCAAAUACCACCGGACAUAAUGGAUGACGAGUCAACUGACGGUUACGUGACCCAAGAACGAGGGAAUAUCAAGUUGCGGUGUGUGGCUACGGGCAUUCCACAACCUACAGUUACUUGGAGACGAGAAGAUGGACGAAACAUUACUCUGCGGGAAGAAGGAAGAGAGAAGAUCUCUGUAAAGAACUUUGAUGGUGAAACGCUCAAUUUGACUGGAGUUUUGAGACAAGAAAUGGGGAAUUAUUUGUGUAUUGCUAGCAAUGGAGUCCCACCAACUAUUAGCAAACGAUACUCUGUUCAAGUCCAUUUUCUUCCGGUAAUUAAAGUAACUAAUCAAUUAGUUGGAGCUCCAGUGAAUCGAAACGUGACUCUUGAAUGCAUUGUGGAGGCAUCGCCACGAGCCAUGAAUACCUGGUACAAUAAUAAAGGAGAGAAAUUAAUGCAUAAUGGAAAAUACACCAUGUCAGAAUCUGCGUUACCUGAUGGCUACUCAUGGCAGAUGAAUUUAACGAUACACAAUCUAGAAAAAAAAGACUUUGGAAGUUACGCGUGCGCAGCGGUGAAUGCUCUUGGACGAGCAGAAGCGGCAGUACGAUUGCAAGAACUUGAAUUGGUAACAGAGACAACACCAGGCCCAAUAUCAAGGAACACAGAUGCAAAAGUUCGGAAAAAAAUUUACGGAAAAAAGAAAAUAAACACAAUUAAUCGACGACCACAUGAUGGUUAUACGGAAUUCAACAAUAACCUGGAAGGCGCUAAUGAUCUCGUUACAACGCAGAUGAUGGGAGGAAGUACACAAGAAGGGCACAAAACAGAAAGACCGUUAGUUUUACCAUCAAUUUCACCACCUUGGGUAGUUCUUGUUGGUAGAAGUGAAAGGAUAAAUGCAUCAAUUGAAACUACAUUGCUUCUUUUAUUAACGAUAUUAUUAAUCAACUAUUGAUUAAUUCACCUAAACACCAAUUGUUGUUGAUUUCAUUGUAAAUAACCACUGAAAAAUAAUUCUUUUGAUAAUUAUUAUUUUACUAAAUAAUAAUAAUAACGUUAAUGACUGCAGGCUAAUUCAGUGGAUCGAUAUAAAGCUCUACAUAUAUAAUUAAAGAGGCGUAUAAUGAUAGGCAUAUGCGGGUUUUGCUGCGGGUGUAGAAAUUUAGUUAAUGAUAUCCAGAUUACAUAAAAUUUUAUAUUAAUUUAUCGCCAAUCAUCACUAUAAAGCAUUUAUUAAAUAAUUAAAAUUGAGAUCAUUGCAAAUAAAAAAAUCUAA